CAGAUUUUAAAUCAGUUUAGUAAAUACCUGUAAUAUCCUCACAUUCGUGAGUUUUGAAGCGAGCAGGAAUAUCUGGAAGAGUUUAUCAUCUGAACUGAGAUCUGCUGCUGUGAAAAUUAUGUUUAUUAAAGAAGAGAGAGAAGAGAACACGAGUGAACCAGAAACCUGGAGAAUAAAACAAGAGGAACCAGAAACCUGGACAAUAAAACACGAGGAACCAGAAACCUGGAGACUAAAACACGAGGAACCAGAAGCCUGGAGAAUAAAACAAGAGGAACCAGAAACCUGGAGAAUAAAACACGAGGAACCAGAAACUUUGAGAAUAAAACACGAGGAACCAGAAACCUGGAGAAUAAAACAAGAGGAACAAGGAGAGUACAUUGAAGAAAAAGAGGAAAAUGAAGAAUCAAAUCAUCAAGAGAAGCAGCAUGCAUGUGAUCAAUGCGGUAAAAUGUUUUUAUGGGCUUCACUUCUGAAGAAACACUUGAAAGUUCAUGCAAAGAAGAAGCCACAUUCAUGCCAUUUGUGUGGUAAGAGUUUUUUGCAUCUACAAAGUUUGAAAGAACAUCAGAAAAUACAUACUGGUGUGAGAGAGUACAUGUGCUUUGAGUGUGAAAAGACUUUUAGUUCAGGGAGCAGUUUAAAACUGCACGAGAGGAUUCACACUGGAGAGAAACCUUACAAGUGUUCACACUGUGACAAGAGAUUCAGUAAUUCAACACAUCUGAAAACCCAUGAGAGGAUCCACACUGGAGAGAAACCUUACAAGUGUUCACACUGUGACAAGAGAUUCAGUCAGUUAACACAUCUAAAAACACAUGAGAGGAUUCACACUGGAGAGAAACCUUACAAGUGUUCACACUGUGACAAGAGAUUCAGUCGGUUAACACAUCUAAAAACACAUGAGAGAAUUCACACUGGAGAGAAACCUUACAAGUGUUCACACUGUGACAAGAGAUUCAGUCAGUUAACACAUCUGAAAACACAUGAGAGCAUUCACACUGGAGAGAAACCUUACAAGUGUUCACACUGUGACAAGAGAUUCAGUGAUUUGACACAUCUGAAAACACAUGAGAGGAUCCACACUAGAGAGAAACCUUACAAGUGUUCACACUGUGACAAGAGAUUCAGUGAUUUGACACAUCUGAAAACACAUGAAAGGAUCCACACUGGAGAGAAACCUUACAAGUGUUCACACUGUGACAAGAGAUUCAGUGUGUCAUCAAGUCUGAAAACACAUGAGAGGAUUCACACUGGAGAGAAACCUUAUAAGUGUUCACACUGUGACAAGAGAUUCAGUGUGUCAUCAAGUCUGAAAACACAUGAGAGGAUUCACACUGGUGAGAAACCUUAUAAGUGUUCACACUGUGACUGGAGAUGCAGUCAUUUAGCAAGUCUGAAAACACAUGAGAGGAUCCACACUGGAGAGAAACCUUACAAGUGUUCACACUGUGACGAGAGAUUCAGUCGUUCAGGAAUUCUGAAAACACAUGAGAAGAUUCACACUGGAGAGAAACCUUACAAGUGUUCACACUGUGACAAGCGAUUCAUUCAGUCAACAGAGCUGAAAACACAUGAGAGGACCCACACUGGAGAGAAACCUUACAAGUGUUCACACUGUGACUGGAGAUUCAUUCGUACAGGAAAUCUGAAAACACAUGAGAGGAUUCACACUGGAGAGAAACCUUACAAGUGUUCACACUGUGACAAGAGAUUCAGUGGUACAUCGAGUCUGAAAAGACAUGAGAGGAGUCACACUGGAGAGAAACCUUACAAGUGUUCACACUGUGACAAGAGAUUCAGUGGUACAUCGAGUCUGAAAAGACAUGAGAGGAUUCACACUGGAGAGAAAGCACAUCACCGCAAUGUACGUGGGAAGUGUUCCAUUAAGUCAUCUGUUAUACACAGUCAUACAAAAAACAAUCACAGUAAGACCCCGUACAGGCGGAGACACAUUUAGUUGUAUA